GAAAGAGAGGGAGAGAGAGAGAGUGGGAAAAGAGAAAACAAGAAAAUCUCUCUUUGUGAGACUGUCCUGUGUGUGUGAGUCAGUGGAGCGAAACAAGAAGUAGGGAGCUAGUGAGACUGGGAAACCAAGCAACGGAUUUCGCAGAAACCCCUUAAAAUCGUUCAGAAAUUUUCACUUGUUUUGCUCAAUUUUCCCGUCAUUUUGAGGAUCUGAUUCAUCCGAAUGAGUCGUUUAGGGUUCAAAUCGGUGGUGUAUCAUGGCGAUUUGUGUUUGGGAGAAUUGGAUGUUAUUCCGAUGAAGGACAAGAAUUUCCAGUUCCCAAACAACGAGAUUCGCAUCCACCGCAUUUCGCCGCAGAGCGAACGAUGUCCUCCUCUCUCGAUUCUCCAAGCGAUUUCUUCAUUUUCCGUAUGUUGCAAGCUCGAGUCGUCUUCUCCGGUCGAACAGCCGCAUUUGAUCAAUCUUCACGCCUCUUGCCACUACGAAUUGAAGACGGCCGUGGUAUUGGUUGGGGAGGAAGAGAUUCACUUGGUGGCGAUGCUAAGUAAGCAGAAGAAGUAUCCCCGAUUUUGGUGCUAUUUGGUUCCCAAAGGAUUGUACAAUGCUUCCUUAGGAAUGUUGAAUCUGCGGUGCCUCUCGAUCGUAUUCGAUCUCGACGAGACGCUGAUCGUUGCGAACACCAUGAAGUCUUUCGAGGACAGGAUCGAGCUUCUGCGAGGUUGGGUUGCGCGCGAGAUUGAUCCGAUACGCUUAGCUGGAAUGCAUGCGGAAAUGAAGCGCUACAUGGAUGAUCGAUUAAUCCUAAAGCAGUAUUUGGAGAGUGAUACCGUGAUGGAUAACGGAAGGAUGUUUAAGGUUCAAAUGGAAGAAGUUCCUCCACUAUCUGACAACCAUGAAAGGUUUUUUCGGCCUAUAAUUAGAUUGCCAGAAAAGAAUAUUGUUCUUACUCGCAUUAAUCCCGAGAUUCGUGAUACGAGUGUUCUCGUGAGGUUGCGACCUGCAUGGGAAGAUUUGAGAAGUUACUUGACAGCGAAAGGAAGAAAAAGGUUUGAAGUAUAUGUUUGUACUAUGGCUGAAAGAGAUUAUGCUUUAGAAAUGUGGAGACUUCUUGACCCUGAGGCUCAUCUGAUUGGUACAAGGCAACUUCUAGAUCGUGUUGUUUGUGUCAAAUCAGGAUCCAGGAAAUCAUUGAUCAAUGUCUUCCAAAAUGGUAUCUGCCACUCAAAGAUGGCAAUGGUAAUUGAUGACCGCUUAAAGGUUUGGGAAGAUAAGGAUCAACCUCGAGUUCAUGUAGUCCCAGCAUUCACGCCUUAUUAUGCUCCUCAGGCAGAGACCGCAAAUGCCGUUCCAGUCCUGUGUGUGGCGAGAAAUGUUGCAUGCAAUGUCAGAGGAUGCUUUUUCAAAGAGUUUGAUGAGAAUUUGCUGCGAAGAAUAACUGAAGUUUUUUAUGAAGAUGAUGUACUGAAUUUACCUCCGGCUCCUGAUGUUAGCAAUUACUUAAUGUCGGAGGAUGCUGGUUUUGUACCAAAUGGAAUUCCUCCUCUCAUCAAUGAAGGAAUGUACGGUGUUGAAGUUGAACGCAGAUUGAGCCAAUCUGAUGAUCGGCCUGUUAUGGAAUCAGCUUCUCAUUCUUCAACAAACAAUGUCGAGUUAAGAUCUGAAACCUUCCAGGCAUCUGCUCCAAUUCUUCCAAAUGCUAUUCCUGCAUCUUUGGGACCACUCCUUCCAUCUCAGAGACCGGGUUUGCUAGGAACUCCUGUUAGACGAGAUGGCUUUUCUGAUCGUGAUCAUGACAUGAAGAAAGGAGUUAGUACCUUGAAAUAUGGUGUAGAAAUGAGAAACCAAAGCUCGGGUGAACCCCCACUUCUAUCUAGAUUACCUACACACCUUUCGAUGCCUCCUGUACAGGCACAUGGAGGUUGGUUGGUGGAGGAUGACAUAAAUAGAGGACCUCUAAGGAAUCGUCCUUCGGGGCUUGUUCAAGAAUCUGAUGUGCUAAAACCAGAGAAGCAACGAGCUCAUCAGAACUCCUCUUCAUAUACAACUUCUUGCUAUACUCCCACUGGUUUACUCUCACAAACUCCUGAAGUGAAGAGUGAAGAGGGACACAAUGGGAAUAGUUUGCAAAAGCAAAAUCUUCCAAUUGUCAGUCAGUUAUCUGAUGCUGGUGUGUCUCAGAAUCAGGCAGCUUCAAACAGUCGAGAUGUGCACCCCGAAGGCGGAAAACUGAACCUGCUACCGUCCCCUUUAUCUAUUGGAGUUCUGCAAGAAAUUGCACGUAGAUGCAGCUCAAAGGUUGAGUUCAAGUCUGUUCUAAGCACUAGUAAGGAUUUGCAGUUUUCUGUGGAGGUUUUGUUCACCGGUGAGAAGAUAGGGGUGGGAAUGGGUAAGACGAGAAAGGAUGCUCAGCAACAAGCUGCUGAAAACGCCCUUCAUAACUUGGCUGAAAAAUAUGUAGCAUAUGUUGCACCUCGUUCUGGAGCUGUGGACAAAGAUUUUGAUAAGCUUUCACUUGGAAAUGAAAAUGGAUUUCUAUGGGACACUGUUAAGCCUGGAUCAACCAAACUGAUCAGACAAGUUGAGGUGCCCAAAGAAAGCACACCUGAGACUGCUGAAAUUGAAACUGAGAGUACAUCCUCCACAGCACUAAAUCAGCAAGUGCAAAAGCGCGCCAAUUCCCCCAGAUUGCAGCAAUCUGGAACGACUAAACGAUCAAAGGAAGAACUUAAUAAAGGCUCACAAAAUUUGUCAGCUUCGCGGCAUCAAAAGAACGGUCAUCAUCCUGUUUCAUGAGUAUCUGGAAGCUUUGUAGAAACAGAAAAAGGAGGGGGAAAAGAAUUGUAAAGCAAAGGUUUGGGGCCGAUAAUUUAGCAUCCACAGUACAGAUAGUUUUUAGUCUUAACACAGUUGAAAUUGACUAACACAGGUGAAUUUACGUCUGUAAUUUUGUCAGGGAAGGGAGGGAUAUUUUUUAAUUUUGCCCCACCUUUUCUUUCUGAGGGUGGAUUUGAUCUAGAACUUGUAUUAUGACCUUUUGCGGAUGAGCCUAAAAAAAAAAAAACCCGGAUGAGCCUGA